AUGGAUCGGGAGCUGCUCCGGCAGGCGCUGAGCCACCACGGCCCCGCGUUGUUGUCGCUGCUCCGCGCCGAGCAGCACGACAAUCCCGACUUCCGCGGGCUGCUGCCGCCGCCCGGGGCCGCCCCGGAGCCGCCUCGCGGGGCCCCGCCGGCCGCCUGGAAAGAGAGGGCGAGCAUCGACACCGAGAUAAAGCGCUUCAUCGCCAAGAAGGCGGAUCUGCUGUUCGCGCACUCGUGGAAACCCAACGGGCCGAUCGAGGACACCAUCGAGGAGAAUGAGGAGUGUUACGCUGUCAUGCCACCCCUGGAGAGGUUCUUGGAGGUGCCCAGAGAGGAGAGGAGAGAGCUGUUCUUCCGUGACAUCGAGCGUGGCAAUAUCGUGAUUGGGAGGAUUACAUCAAUCCGUGAAUUUGGCUUUUUCAUGGUGUUGAUUUGUCUGGGAAGUGGUGUCAUACGGGAAAUUGCAGAUUUGGAAAUCACUGCCCUGUGUCCUGUGAGGGAUGUGCCUCCCCAAAGCAACCAUGGAGAUCCUCUGUCAUAUUAUCAAACUGGAGACCUUAUUCGAGCUGCCCUCAAGGAUGUUGACCGUUACCAUGAGAAGCUGGCCGUGUCACUUUACAGCUCAGCUCUUCCACCCAACCUUUCCAGCACCAAACUGGGCGUGAUCACCUCUGAUGACUUCCCACUGCAUUAUAAGCGAAGCCUGGAAGUUGCCAACACAGGAGAGACGUUUGAAGAGGUUUUGCAUCGUUCCCCAGGAUUUGCUAAUCCAUCAUUAGUUGAAUAUUUAGCAGAAAAGCUGGGACUAAGUGAGUCAAAUCCACCGUCUUUGCUGAGAAGUCUUCAAAUUAAAAAUUUCAGUGAAGAGGAUUUUGCCCCUGCGUUGAGGAAAAAGCAGUCUGCAUCUUGGGCCUUGAAAUGUGUAAAGGCUGGGGUGGAUUAUUUUAAGGUUGGGCGCCACGUGGAAGCCAUGAAUGAGUACAACAAGGCUUUGGAAAUUGAUCCACAAAAUGUUGAAGCUUUAGUAGCACGUGGAGCUCUGUAUGCAACCAAAGGAAGUCUAAACAAAGCCAUCGGGGAUUUUGAAAUUGCUUUAGAAAAUUGUCCUACCCAUAGAAAUGCGAGGAAAUACCUGUGUCAGACCCUUGUGGAAAGGGGCGGGCAGUUGGAAGAGGAAGAGAAACUAUUAAAUGCUGAAAGUUAUUAUAAAAAAGCCUUAAGCUUGGAUGAAACUUUUCAGGAAGCAGAAGAGGCCUUAACAAAACUCCAUAAGCACAUGCAGGUGAUUCUUUACUUUCUUUUCAUAUGAUGCUCUCAGUGACAGUAAAUGAACAUCAAAAAUUAUAUUAAAUCCUUUCAACAGGGAGGGGUUAAAUUGAUGGUUUGUCUUAUUCUCUGCUUCCCUACUCCACAGUAAAUGUUUUCUAGUGAGCAUUAUGGCUGUACCUACCAGAAGAAAGGUACCUCUUGGUGACUCCACUGUUUUGGGAUAGUAAAGAAAUGCCAGACAGUGGAGACAGGGAAAGAGCAAAGCAGGGAUCACAAUAUCUCAUCACACAACAUGAUUAAUGAGAUCAAUUUAAAACAUUCUGUGAAUACAAAUGAUCAAAGUGUAAAAUACUUCCACAAGCCAAAUAAGACAUUGUUACCAUAGUCUGGCCGGACCCUUGGUCCUUGGGGUAAUUAGAAUAAGAGAGAGCAACACCAGGCAAAGCUGAAGCACAGUGAACUCACAUGAGAGGGAAAUUAAAAGGUAAUUUGAAGGAAAACAGCAGGAGGUGGAGGGUGGGCGGGCAGACAGUUUGAAUAUCUCAGCUUUCUCCUCUGCUGUCUGGUGGUUUUUUUCUCUUCCCUUGCACGCAGCAUGUUUCCCAGGUGAGCCUGCUGGGUCUCUGUGCUGAGUUGUCAUCUUUUCCCUUUUAUUUACCUCCUUUACUUGUGUUGUCUUCCAGAGUGGGUCAAAGAGUAAAAUAGAGCACUGAGGAGCAGGCUUGUGUUGUUCUGUGCUUCUGCAUGUGAGGAUGUACACAGGCUGGGGUAGAUGGCCUUAGUCAGCAGUUCUUCAGUUGGUGGAGCCAUAAUGCUGACAGGAUGUGUGGAAACAAAGGGGAAGAGGAGAUAGGACAAUCUGAUAAAACUGAGCUACACCAGAGAUAAGAGAUAGAGGUGUAUUUUAUUUGAGCAGUACCUGCAUUUGGCUGCUUUAGAAAGAGGUGUCAGUUAAAAUGAUGAAGAAUAUUCUCAGCAAGUAGGAGAUAAAUGUUACUCCUUUGACAUUCUUCUGCAGUCAUUGAUGCAGCAGAUAAAGAAUAUGACAGCUGUUGUUUGUUGCUAUGCAUGGCCUUGGCUGCAGUGAAGGGUUUCCUUUAUUAUAGCUGUUAAGACAGUUGGUGAGUUUUGAAAACUGUAAUCAGACUUCCUGCUCAAUGUGAAUAGAGUGACUCUGUAGGGCUGUUAAGUGGCAGAAGUCUGAUCUCUUAUGGACUUAAGGAGUUUAAGGAUUAUUUAUCUACUUAGAUGCUCUCCUGCAUUUACCUGUAACUUAGUACAUAAGUCUGAUACUGUCCCUGCUGUGUAGAAUGGCUAAAACAACUGCAGUGUGUUUUCCUGUAAUACUGAUUAUGUGUUUUUCUCCAAUGCAUUUCCCUCUGAACGGAACUGUUGUUGCUGUGCCUGCCGUCUGGUGCUGCUCAUCACCACCAAACCCCUGGAACUUGAUUUCUUACGUAAACUAUGCAUCAAACUGCUAUGUGAAAUUGUUACAAAACGGUUUGUAUUCAAACAUGAAUUCAAACACGAAUUCAAACACGAAUUCAUCUUCAACUGGGUUCUGCUGUGUUUCUCUUGUAAACUACAAUAAUGAUGACACUUUCCCUCAAACUCUUCUGUUUUGGUUGUUUGGGGGGGGUUUCCUUAUUUUUCUACAUGUUGGUGAUACUGGGGAUUUUUUUUGCAUAUUCUACAUAAAACUUUUGGACUCUAUGCUUCCUGGUGUGCUGGAUCAUGGGUACCAUGGCAAUGACUGGUCAAAUAUAUUUUUAAAUGGAAUAAAAACUGCAAUAUGGUCUUUAAAUAUAAACCUGUCACAACGGCCAAUACCAAAUUCCUGAACAAUAUUAAUUUUUGGUCUGGGAAUCCUGGUAAAAACAUUCCUGGUGUAUACAUUUGGAUGGGGUUGAAUGGGGGUUAAUACCCGUGUUAACACUACUAAUGUAAUCUUUUUUAUGAUGCUUGGGUUCA